AUGUUCAAGUGUUUUUUUCCAGGCCAGUGUACAAAUCUGCUCGUACGCUGGGCCGCACCACUGAUCUUUUCGGGUCGGCCGCACCACCGUUCCAAGGACCAGGCCUUCCAGAACGCUCUCACCGGCUCUGCCAAGAAGGCCGUGACCCUUUACCCGGGAUAUUCGGGCCCAACGGUUCUCCUCAACUUGCCGUGGUUGGCUCGCAUGUUGGUGUCCGUCCUGACACCCCUCUUCCCUGGAGCUGUGCGGGACAAGAUCAAGUUUGCGCGAACCCCCAUGGACUACAUGAAAGACUUGAAGGAUGUGGUCAAAGAGCCGUUGAGGACAAACUUUGCAGAUGAUAUCCAAGCGGUGAUGAACACAUGA